UAAUUAUAUAAUAUUUUAUGUCGUCUAUAGCAUUAAGAAGACUUAGAGGCAAGACUAAGGACGCUGUCAACUUCGGAGCUAUGUCUAUAGGGCUCCUGACCGGAGGCAUUGCCUAUUUCAACUGGAGACUCAAGCUUAGGAAGGAAUUCAUGCUCGGUAAUGGACUGUAUAGACUUUCAGGCAUCGCUCAAAAUAUCACUCCAUGGAGAUCCCAGUGGCUCACUUGGUACAGAAUGCCAGACCAGGAAUAUGACGCUUAUUAUAAAUUCAUGCCUUACUAUGUGAUUGGGCAGCUUGAUUAUAGCAAAGAAGUCUUGAUUCCUAAGGAUAAAACUAUCGACGGUGUGACCCAUAAAGGUUUUGAUGUAGUCAACCCACUGUACUGCUAUGAUGGAGGUACCGUCAAUGCUGAGACUAUCAAAGCCAAGGAAGGAGUCUUUGACAUCGGAACUGACAGAGCAGCCAUUGUUGUGAACAGAGGAUGGAUCCCAUACGAAUUAAAAGAUAAGAGAAAUAGGCUUUGGGAGAGAAACUCCCGUCAACUAGUGAAGAUCAAUGGUACUUUCUUGAAGGCUAAGGAUAUUCACGACUACAAAAUCCCCAACAAUCCAAGUAACAAUGAGUGGCACAAUCUUGCUCCUGAGGAUCUUGCUCGUUAUUGGGAGUUGCCCAACAGAACAGAGAUAAAGCAGUUCUACUUCCAGCAGCUCAAAAUCGAAGAUGCUAGUACAAAUAUUAUAGAGGGAAAUGCUGCUCAAUACAGAUGGCCAAUGAUCAAGGAUAAACAAGAGAUGAUUAGAGAAGUUUAUGGAUGGCUCGCACAUGAGAAAUUCAACAAGCUGGCAUACUACACGUUGACUCCAAUUUCUGCGUUCUCUAUGUGGGUGUUCUUCUUAACUUUUUAAUAUCUCAAUGU